AUUACUCUCUGCUGUAACACCAAUUACCAGUAUUGAGACCUUGCUUCCGCCCGAAGACGCAAGCGUUACGGCCGUUCCUUCUAGCAUAACGCCUCAGGAAACACGGGUUCGAAGUUCAGAAAGCGGGAAGCAGAAGAGCCAGAGUGAAGUGAAGCUCUCUUUCAGUCUCCUUGUACUUUGCUUUCCUUUCCUUUCCGGCCAUGGCGACCGGCGAGCCCCAGAAGCAACUCCUCUCGCUAAUCCGCGAUUUCAUCGCCGAGAAGUCCCAUGGAGAGCGCAGGGUUUCGGAUCUCAAGAAGCGACUUCUGGAGCUCCAGACCGAUCUGGACGCAGCCAAUGCCGAUCUGGAGGCGGCCAAGCGAUCCAAGGAGGUGAGCGAGCAGGAGCUCAGAGGCUCCCAGGUUCUGCUUUCUAUGGUCGAUGCCUCGAUCAAAGCUCGGGAGGCGAGGAUUUUUCUGCUGCAGGAGAAGAUUUCAAAGGUCGGAUCGGAUCUGGAUGCACUCAAGGCUGAAGAGAACGUGCAGCGAGAUGAGUUUAUUAGCACAAUGAAUGAGUUGAACGUGAAGAUAAGGCAAUUUCAGGAGAUGGUCAUCCAUGAUUUCCAGAAACAACUAUGCUCAGAACUUUCAUCAGAUAAUGACAGAAAUAACAGUUGCAACCAAGUUCUUGAUGUGCAAGAUGCUCUUAAAGAUUUGAGGGAUAGGAUUGAGUGUAUCAAUGCUCAGAUGCAUAAAUCAGAAGAUGAGCACCAAAAAGAAUUACAUUAUCAUGAUGAG